GAGACUCCUCCAAAGACAGUCAACGAGCGCUCUGCUCGCAUCUACGCCCAAGGCCACCCAUACUCCGUCACCCUCGCCGCCAGCGGACCGAGCGGCCUAUCCCCAGCAGAGCGCAGCGUCUGGGCCAACGCGCACUACGCUCGAUCGCCUGCCCUCCUCAAGCAGCUGGGCAACAAGUCCCAGCGUGACGUCUGGAAGGUCGUCAACGAGACAGGCGGUCUCCCCCUGAGAGCCCCCCGGACCACCCACAGCUGGGGCAGGGAUCGCUUCGGCGCGGACCUGGGCGAGUACCCGCCCGAGCAGUUUGCCAAGAGGAGCGAGAGGACCCUGCAGCUGGCCGCGCUCGAGGUGCAGCGGCGCGCAUUCCUGGCAAAGCGGGAGCGCGAGCGUGCGAGGUGGGUCGAUCCGGACACGAAGGAGGUUGUCGCUGUGAGCCACGAGGAGAUCGAGGAGGAGAGGCUGCGGCGCAGCGAGAUUGCCACGCUGCGGAUGGAGCUCUAUGGCGAGAGAUCGGGUGCGUACGGCACGGACCCGGACUGGGAUGAUGUGGUUCCUAUGCCGGUAGAGGAUGGCGAGGGGACACUAGCUGCUAUUGCGUAUCCGGACGACUAUGCUGAGGCCAUUUCUUACCUCCGUGCCGUCAUGGCCAAGAAGGAGUAUUCGCCCCGCUGCCUCCGCCUCACUGAACACAUCAUCUCCUUAAAUCCUGCGCACUACACGGUAUGGCUGUACCGCUUCUCCAUCGUGGAGGCCCUCCACCUCCCGCUCUCAGAGGAGAUCGAGUGGCUCAACAAGGUCUCUCUCGAUAAUCUCAAGAAUUACCAGAUCUGGCACCACCGCCGUCUCCUCCUGGACCACUACUUUCCGACCAUCCAGUCGUCCCCGGAGAAGACUGCCGAGCUGGCACGCUCCGAGCAGGACUUCCUUACGCAGAUCUUGGCAGAGGAUACCAAGAACUACCACGUCUGGUCGUACAGGCAGUACAUGGUGCCGAAGCUGGGCAUCUUCGGCGCGAGCGAGAUCAAGGCCGCCGAGGACCUGAUCGACGACGAUGUCCGCAACAACUCUGCCUGGUCGCACCGCUUCUUCGUAGUUUUCUCGGAUCCAGAGCACACCACGCCAGGAAGCCUACCGACGGACCACGACCUGGCGGUGCCGGCUGAUAUCAUCGACCGGGAGAUCCAGUACGCACAGGACAAGAUCCUGCUGGCGCCCCAGAAUCAGAGCCCCUGGAACUACCUGCGCGGCGUGCUGGUCAAGGGCGGGAGGAAGAUGAGCAGCGUGGAGGCGUUUGUGGGCCAAUUUGUGAGCGGUGCAGGCGCAGAUAACGACGAGGAGGAGAAGGUCACGAGCACGCACGGCCUGGAGAUGCUGGCGGAGAUCUACGCGGAGAAGGGUGAGGUGGACAAGGCGGACUGGUGUCUGCGACGUCUCGGAGAGAAAUGGGAUCGUAUAAGGCUUGGUUACUGGCAGUGGAAGAGGCAGAUGCUUAAGGAUGAGAAUGUGAGCGCUUAG